CCUGCCUGAGUCAAAUAUGAACGUAGUCUUGCAGUGAUCACCGAUUCCUUAACAGCGUGUUCUAGCAACCCAAAAUGUGCGAAUCAACCGGUAUGAAGUCUGAAGAAGGCAAACCAGUCCAACCUGAGAGCUCUGUUACAGCAGCACCUGCUAUUGCACCGUCCAAUCUUUCUGCAGCUGUGGAGGCGCCAGAGCGGACACUCAAGAUGGUUGAGUCGCUGAAACACUGGCCUACGGUGGUAAUCGCUAUCCAGAAGAGUAGAGAUGCGUAUUGCUCUGUAAAGCAAAAGGCCAGCAUUAUUACCUGGUCACUUAACUUGACCGAGAAAGUUGUUGCUUCGGUCCUCGAAUUUGCAGAAAGCAAACUGAGCAGCUUGCGGCCAAUUAUUCAGUACGCCGACAAAGCAGUUACCGAAGGCGUGGUAGUAAUAGAGAAGAAAUUUCCCGCAGUGAGGGAGUCACCUGAAAAGCUGUACGAUGCUAUCACGCAACACGUAGCGAAGAUGGUGCACCCCGCGCUAGAUAAAACCGAAGCUUUAAGCGAAAUCGGCAGGAAGAGACUUGACAGGGUUGCCGAAACGAUAAUCAAUAAAUACAACAGUUUGAUCAAGAUCGUGGACAGCUGGAUGGACAAGCUGGAGAAUCUACUGCACGGCGUAGAAGCUGAAACAGCCUCUGAUACGGAGACAGCUGUGGCGGAGGCGUUAUCUUCUGCGGCACGGACCCAGACCUCCACCACCGCCAGCCCGGUACCUGCACCCGCUGCGGGCCACGUUUGGCAGGCGCUGCGGCUGGGAGCUCGCGCCACCACGGCGCUGGCCGCCUUCCAGGUGGGGGCAGCCCUCUGGCUGCUGUCUAGGGCGCCGCUCGUGGGCCGCUUCUUCAGGGAGGCGCCGCCGCCCACAGCCGCCCCUUCCCCGUCCUCGUCCUCCAGCGGCGCCCCAUCCGCCAGACUCCAGACUCCGACGGCUUCAGAGCAGGAGCAGCCGUUGCCCACAGCUCAGUCCACGGCCUCAUUCCACACGGAGCGGUUCAUCUCAUUGCUGCAGCAGUGAUCACUGCCAGAUAUCUUCCUGUAAUUCGAAACUUAGCUCAAUGUAUGUAGUCCACAGAAUUGGUUUUAACUUACUUAUUGGUGAAAUAAAACGAAAUACCGGCAUCUGUGUGUACACUACACUCCUGGAAAUGGAAAAAAGAACACAUUGACACCGGUGUGUCAGA